CAUGCGUGCGUGCGUGCGUGCGUGCGUGUGCGCGCGCGCAUCUAAAGCCUGAUAUAUCUUAUUCCUCUCAGCUCGUCAAACUAGUAAAUUGGAGCCUCUUCAGCGGCGUCUGCCGGAUGCCCAGCUAUUGUCCAGAGAACAUGCAGCAUGCACUACAUUGGCUGUGUUAAUUGUUAUGAAGGAAUGUGUCUAAUCUCCUCAUGUCUUCAUGCAGUCACUAAAGCGGAUCAAGCGGUCGGACCGUCGAGGUGCAGAGUCGGUGACGGAGGAGAAGUUCACAGUUCUGUUUGAAUCCCAGUUCAGCGUCGGGGGCAACGAGCUGGUCUUCCAUGUCAAAACCUUAUCGCUGCCUGUGGUAGUGAUCGUCCACGGCAGUCAGGACAACAACGCCACAGCCACUGUCCUGUGGGACAACGCCUUUGCUGAGCCGGGCAGGGUGCCGUUCACCGUGCCAGACAAGGUGCUGUGGCCCCAGCUGUGCGACACCCUUGAUAUGAAGUACAAGGCAGAGAUGCACAGCGGGCGUGGCCUGUCGGAGGACAACAUGGUCUUCCUGGCACAGAAAGCUUUCACAAGCAGCAGCAACAACCCCGAGGACUCCCGCAGCAUGACCAUAUCCUGGGCCCAGUUCAACCGGGAGAGCUUACCGGGACGAAACUUCACCUUCUGGCAGUGGUUUGAUGGAGUUGUGGAGCUCAUGAAGAAACAUCUCAAGCCUCACUGGAAUGAUGGGGCCAUCCUGGGCUUCGUUAACAAGCAGCAAGCACAGGACAUGCUGCUGUCCAAACCCAACGGCACCUUCCUGCUGAGAUUCAGCGACUCUGAGAUCGGAGGCAUCACCAUCGCCUGGGUGGCCGAGAACCCCAACAAAGCAGGUGAACGGCUGGUCUGGAAUCUGUUGCCUUAUACAACCAAGGACUUCUCCAUUCGUUCCCUGGCGGACCGCAUCAGUGACCUGAACCACCUUCUGUUUCUCUACCCUGACCGGCCAAAAGACGAGGUCUUCGCCAAGUACUACACCCCCCCGCUCUCAAAAGCAGUGGACGGAUAUGUAAAACCGCAGAUCAAACAAGUUGUGCCAGAAUUCACCACCCCCAACCCUGAACCCAGAGGAGGAACUCCUACGUUCAUGGACCAAACAGCUUCUCCCUCUGUGAGCCUCCCCAACAACUUUGGUGUCUACCCUUCUAUGAGUGACACCAUUCUGGAUCCAGAUGGAGACUUCGACCUGGAGGACACGAUGGACGUGGCCCGCCAUGUGGAGGAGCUGCUCCGCAGGCCUAUGGCCAACCAGUGGAGCAGUCAGCAGUCCUGAACCUGCCCAACACCUUCAGGUCUCCUCCAUCUUAUCUUAACAUCUUAACAGAAACACCCACAAACUGCAACUUAAAUGCUGAAAAAUGUAAUCUCUUCUCUACUAAUGGAAGUCAUUUUUAUUAGUAUCUAGUAAAUCCAGAAAAUUCUUUAAGUCUUAACGUAAGACUAUGUAGCUUUUGUUAGCCUCUGUGGUAUUCAGAGGAUGAUGGCAAGUUCAAUGUGCCUUCAUUUCCCAAGAUUCUCUGGAGUCGGUCGUCUUAAAGACGUCCUCAUUAGAGGAGCUGUGUGUGGUACAGUGGAGCUGUUGCUCUGUCAUUAGCUUAGCGGUGACUUCAACCUUAAGACAGGACUAAACCUGUGUUGUUGUUUGGUCUAAACCCAGCUGCUGUGUCCUAUGGAGGCUUAACUUAGACCUGCUGUAGGCCAGGUUUAACGUAAAUUUACCUUAAAGGUAUCCUGUGCAGUUUUUGACCACCAGUAGCACUCAUGUUUUAAUGAAUGGGUCCCCAUUAAGGGCAACACAAUGCAAAGAUCUGUUAAUGUUGUAGCGCUUUCAAACUGAUCUUAGAAACGCACUAAUGCGCCGGCUAAGGCAUGCCAGCAACUAAACAUGGAUGUAAACAAUGCAGGUUUGUAAAACAUCUGCACGUUUUAUGAGGAAAUUCAUUCAACACAUUAGUUGGGUCUCAAGUAUGCACACACCAAUUUCUUUAAUUCCCCUUUUCUGAGAAUAAUGAGCAUCCAGCAGUGUUCUGCUGAGUUUCUUAAUCAUCCUCGUAUCGACACAGCAGUCGGGUUCAGCUGAGCACAAAGCUGUGUUUUAAACACUCUGCAAGUUCUGGUUCAGCUGAACCCGUGCUAACAGCUAAGCUAGUCAGAGGCUCGGUGACGCAGCAGCUUUGAGUAAAACCACCAGGAUGUUUUCUGUAGCAUGCUAAUACAUAGCAUACAUUAGCUACAAGUCACACUAGACCAGACAAACUAUUGUGUGUUGAGCUGAACAAGGCUGAAUGUAUCCCACAUGAACUCAACCUCUCGUAAGAGAAUGAUUUGUUUUAUUCUUUCAGAGGUUACAUAGUCUGGUUUCAAGUACUGAAAAUGGAAUUCUAAAUCUGCUACCGCUAUUGUUUGGUUCUUUUUGUAUAUUUCAUAAUAUUUUAUAUUGCUGCCAUUCUCUGAUGUUCUGGAUCUACAGUGCCUUAAAGCAACAUGUUCCAAUGGUCACAGACAUGGAUAUCUUCUAUAGAUGCCAUCAUUUGGUCUCAUGAAGUCAAUGAGUGCUUAUUGAUUUUCACACUUUCACAAGUCUGAUUUUGUUUUGUUUUUUAUUGUCAGAUAUAAUUUUUAAACCAAAUGUUGGUUUAUUAUGAUCAUUUGAACUGAUACUGUCAUUGUUUUUUACUUUACUAAAUAUCCUAAUAUCCAUUAGAACAUGAAAUGCAUCCUUGUGGUUUACCAGUAAAAUCUAAUUUUACAGUUUGAAAAUAAGUAAAUAUUGUCACAUAAAAUCUGGGGGUGGCAACGAUGGACAAACCAGCAAGAGUGCGCUAGAUUUAAACUGAGAGCCAGCCCAGUGUUGCCAACUGUUUCCCAAUGAAAGCAGCUAGCAGCACUGGCUGUAAAGUCACUAAAUCUCUCAAGUCAUCAACACUGACAGCCGUCCCUUCAGGCCAUAAUGAUCAUUAUGAACGUAAACGAGGAACACGGCUACUGUUGGUGCUCACAGCUGGUAAGCUAAGAGCAAUGAGUGAACGCAGGUAGACAGACAGACAGACAGCAACCCAGCCAAUCAUUACAUUCGGGACGAAUAAAGAAGUUCAGAACUAUCCCAUACAUAUUAAUAAACAUUAAUGCAUCGUAGAGUUUAUCCAUUUGUUUAUGAAACUGCUCACUCAUUGUAACAAUCUGUUGUCUACUUAUUCCACCUCCAUCAGGAUGAGUUGUUGGCCUCGCGUCAGUGCAGUUGUCCUUUUGAAGUGUGUUUUAGAGCCAUGUUUCUGAACCCAGUAGUGGUGUUUAAAGGACUGCACUCUCUCCGUGAGUUAUUAAUCAUGAUGUAACCCAAUGAGUUGAAGUGGCCGCCAUGUUGUUUCAAUCCACUAAUGCACUGAAUUAGCUGCCUGACACAUUUCUGU